CUCGUGCGCAUGCGCAGUACACCUGGGUGUGUAGCCGACUCACUAUAUUAUACACAAGAAAUGGCGUGGCACAGGCUGCUUUCAUCGUCUUCUCGACCUUUGACUCGGCGACUCUCGAGCUACCAGGAAAGACUGGUCGAGGAAGAGACGCACGCAGCCUCCGUGAAAAACACCUGGAAACGGAUAUCGCUGUUUCUCUGUCUGCCUACUGUCGGCUACUUUGCUUGGAAGAGCCUGAUUGAAGGGGAGGAGCAUCAUUCCUAUUCCUACAUUCCGUGGUCUCACCUCAGAAUCAGAACCAAGCCGUUUCCAUGGGGAGAUGGUGAUACGUCCCUGUUCCAUAAUACCCACACCAAUCCUGGACCAGAUGAGGGCCCAAAGACCGCUCCGCCCACCCAAACCCUCAGUCAGAAGGUGGGGAGACUGUGGAUACAGUACCUCCAUGAAGAUGCUGUCGAGAGAGACGAGAAGAGAUGGCGACAUCUCGAAAAGAUGCAGCGCAGGAAAGAGGAACAGUAUCCUAUAUAGAGUCUGCAAAAAUAUUAUCCUGAGAGUAUAGGAGAUUACUAUGAGAUUACUGGAAUAUCCUGAUGGUAUCGUAGAGAAUACUAGAGUUUCCUGAAAUAUCCAGAGAGUAUACUGAAUUUUCCUUCACCAGUGACACAGUCUAGCGACAAAGAGAGCCAAAGACACACCAAUCCAGCCAAUGGAUCUGAUGGGAGAGGUCAAAGUACACAAGCCAAACCCCGCCCACUCAGGGAUAGACUACUAGCUCCACCCAAGACACACCCACCAACACACCGUAUAGUGUAGCUGUCUACUAUUACAAGAUGCCAUUCGUAACACAGAUUUGCUGAUUUGCAUGCAAAGAAGA